GGAAGGGAGAAGCUAAAGAGAGUCUUGUUUUCAAGACACACCAGGUCUAAAGAUUUCGGCCUUAAUAAUGGGGAACUGGAGAAAGAACGCAGAAGGCCAGAGGGAGAAUAAAACAAACGGGGAAGGGGUGGAAGGCAGGAAUAAAGGCAGAGGGGUGGGGGAAGGCGGGGACAAUGGCUUGGGAGGGUGGGAUCCCACUCAACCAACCGAUUUAACUCCGGGAGAGAAAGAGGAGGGGCCAGGCCCCUCUCCCGCGAUCUCCGCUCCGCUCCUCCCUUUGCCGCUCCCGGCUUCCGAACCCGGCCUGCAAUCUGCAAGCUGUCUCACGUUCCGGCGCUGCCCUGCUCUCUCCGGCCCCGAUCUCCUGCAAACAUGGCCUCUGCAGCCGCCGCCCCAACGGUGAAAAUUGGAAUUAUUGGUGGAACUGGCCUAGAUGAUCCUGAAAUUUUAGAAGGAAGAACAGAAAAAUAUGUUGAUACACCAUACGGCAAGCCAUCAGAUGCCUUGAUAUUGGGAAAGAUAAAAAAUGUUGACUGUGUCCUCCUUGCAAGACAUGGAAGGCAGCAUACCAUCAUGCCUUCGAACAUCAACUUCCAAGCAAACAUUUGGGCCUUAAAGGAGGAAGGCUGCACUCACAUUAUAGUGACUACCGCUUGUGGCUCUUUAAGGGAAGAAAUUCAGCCUGGAGACAUUGUCAUAAUUGACCAGUUUAUUGACAGGACAACCAAAAGACCUCAGACCUUCUAUGAUGGAAGUCAUGCCUGCUCCGGAGGAGUAUGUCACAUUCCAAUGGCAGAGCCAUUUUGCUCUAAAACCAGAGAGGUUCUCAUAGAGACUGCUAAGAAACUUGGGCUAAAGUGCCACUCCAAGGGAACGAUGGUAACAGUGGAGGGACCCCGUUUUAGUUCUCGGGCAGAAAGCCUAAUGUUCCGUAUUUGGGGAGGAGAUCUUAUCAACAUGACCACAGUUCCAGAGGUGGUGCUUGCCAGAGAAGCUGGAAUUUGCUAUGCAAGCAUUGCCAUGGCAACGGAUUAUGACUGCUGGAAAGAGCAUGAGGAGGCGGUUUCAGUAGAUAAUGUCAUGAAGACUCUGAAAGAAAAUUCAAAUAAGGCCACCAGUUUGCUUCUUACUGCAAUACCACAGAUUGGCUCUAUGGAAUGGACAGAGACUCUGCGUAGCAUGAAGCAUACGGUCCAGUUUUCCAUUAUGUUACCAAGACACUGAAACAGUCUGGAGACCCAGAGGAGCAGAAGCUACCCCCCCUACCCCACCCCCCCAAAAAUUGCCAGGAUGUAUAAUUACCACAAAUAAGAAAAGAAUCACUUGCCCUGUACCACUCGUGAAAUACUCGUGGAGAUAAAAGAUUGUAUUUGCUCAAGACUAGAUUUUGGUAGCUUCAGAACUAAGUGGACCUCCAGAUUUCUAGGGUACUUGAAAACAGGCUGUUGGAUCCCAGUAUCUCUGAUGUUACAAGCUUAAAGAAAGAAAAUGCCGUACUAAAGAGAGUCAUUUCUCUCAACAGUGAAUGCUGACAGUAUAUUUAUGCUCUAAAAAAGUAAGGUAGUUUGUUGAGUCUUUUCUGUUAGAAAAGUACUUGACAUUCAUCUCAUUACCUCUCUUUCCAAGAAACAUUAUAUUUGUCUAGAAACAAAGACAUAAUUCAAAUAUAUACACAUUUUAGUAUUGUAGGCAUCUUAUCAGUGUAUCUAUUUUUUUAAAUUUUUGCUGCUUUCAUGGACCUGAGUUCCUUUGUAUAUGGUUUAUUGAUUUGAAUGUUUUGAUUUUUUAAUAAAAUCAUUUUCUUGCCUACCGUCCAGCUUUUCCUUUUACCUUGAUUGCUAUUGAAAGUAUUUCCAAGGAAGAACAUUUAGAAUUUACAUUCGAUGUGUAUCAGGAGAUACAAAGAGUAUUCCAGGAAAGCUUUGCUUUGAAAUUGAAUGUUUGAGUUUGCAUUUCUGUUGUCUGUAAAAAAGCAUUCUUUGCAGCAUUGUAAGCCUUUGUUGUUUCAAAUGUUUGUGAUCAUGAUUGAGUACCGUGCAAUGUUGUAUGUAAAAUAUAUUCACUGGCUUGCCUUGGAGAUAAUAUUAUUUCUGUAAAAAAUCAUAUAAGCUCGUGCAAACAACUUGUUCAUAUUGUUAGAAAAAAGAAACCAUUGAUGAAUUUGGUAAGCACUCGGCUAAAAAUAUGGAAGAGGGAGCAGCCCUUUAAGAAAUCUAGAAACACCACUGAGAUGGUUGAACUAUGCAUUUUUCUUCAAAGCAAGAAUGGUGGACCAGGGAUUAGAAAAGGAGGCAAAAAUGUUAAAGCCUGCAAUGCUAGUGUUACAAUCCUAGGUGGCAAAGACCCUGAACUCAAAGAGUAUCAUAGCAGAUAGUGAAAGACCUGGAAGUUUUUUGACGAAAAUCCUCCCUGCCUUGGAAGAGGAUGUGCAGUUGCCAUCACCCACAGCUCCCAGCCUCCUUUUGCUCAAAUCUGAUGCUGAGGAAGGUUUACAUUAUUACCAAUAUGAUAAGAGUUCAGUUUCCAAGGAGAUAUUAUGGGAGUCGAGGAUGCUAAAAUCAAAGGACUUUCACAACACUAAAAACAGUGGCAGUUUGUUUUCUUGUGCAGAUUCUAUGACAACUAGCAGGCUUUUCCAGGAAUGUUUUCCUUUUUCCACUAGAGUUGUUCUUAUUGGUAGAAAGCUUGAGGGGGCUAUGGAGUCUUAAAUAUCAUACUUAUACUGGGCUUGGAGUCAGGAGAAUCUGAAUUCAAAUCCAAUCUCAGACACUUACACUGUGUGGGCUUGAGCAAGUCACAACCUCUAUUUGCUAUUGUUCCUCAUCUGUAAAAUGGGAACUCACUGAGAAGGAAAUGGCAAGCUACUCCAUUAUCUUUGGCAGUCUAUAGGGUCACGCUGAGUUGUGAUAUGACUCAACAACUGCAGUAUUCUGGGUACUGUGCUAAGUGCCGAGGAUACAAAAAGGGAUAAAAGACAGUUCCUCCUUUCAAAAAGCUUUUAACCUACUGGCGAAGGCAACGUACAACAAAUAUAUACCCAACAGGCUACAUACAGGAUAAAUAGGAAAUAACGAGAGACAUUAGAACUUUUUUGAAGUCUUUGGCUUCCUCUUACUUGCUCAAACUAAUUCUGAAUUUGAAAACUCUUUAAGACAUUUUGAUGGACUCCAUUAGUUGGCCAUUAUUUCUGUAGAGUACUUUUUAAAAGCUAAGUUUAGGGGGCAACUGGGUAGCUCAGUGGAUUGAGAGCCAGGCUUAGAGAUGGGAGGUCCUAGGUUCAAAUCUGGCCUCAGACACUUCUCAGCUGUGUGACCCUGGGCAAGUCACUUAGCCCCCAUUGCCUAGCCCUUACCGCUCUUCUGCCUUGGAACCUAAUACACAGUAUUGACUCCAAGACGGAAGGUAAGGGUUUGUUUUUUUUUUUUUUUAAUUAAAAAAUAAGAAAAUUAAAAAAAAAAAAAGCUAAGUUUAAAGAUUGUUAUAGCCCAAGCAAUUUGUCAUAAUUCAUCAGGUUCAAGUUUUUCCUAUUUAAAUAUAAUGGGCACUGGCCUUGGCACCACUAUUACAGUUUUCCCUUAAGGGAGGCUGUAACUCAUAGAAUCUAUGCAUGAGAGUCACUGCUGUAAGACUCAGAAACAAACUGCCAGUAAUGUUUUCAGUUCUUACAGCCAUGUGUCUAAAAAUAUCUUUCGCUCCCUCUAGGCACCUCGAAAAUCCCCUGUAGUCAAGAAGAAAUGUACAACUACUAUUGUCCAAUAACAAGUUACUUUUCAUCUAAUUUAAUCCACUAACCCAUUAUAUUGUAUUCAUUGGUGUGCAAACCUAGCUUCUGUAUAGUAAAAAAUAAAUGAUACACCAAAGUCUACCAAAAAAAAAAAUCUACAGUAGUGACAAUUUUUUUUCAGCAGCACAAUCCCUUUUAUUAUGUAUUCCAAUGACUGAGGGUACAUAGGUAGGGGGGGGGGGGGGGAACAUUAAAAAUGACAGCUAGGGUGAGGCAGAGGGAGAACCUGAGGAAGUGUGGAUCUUGGCGUGUUAAUAAAUUGGACAGCUUCAGGAAGCCACCAAGAUGAGGGUUUAAAUAAACCAUUUUUAGAAGGCCCCUAUGGAGUAUAUUUCCCCUGCUCCAGACUACUUGAAUAGACUGACUCUAUGCUUUCCCACGAAGUGCCCCCUCUAUUAGGUGAGUUUUGUUUUAUGUUAACUUGCAUAUGUCUGACUUGUAUAUCAGAUCCCCCACUCCUUUAAUCCUCCCAGGAUCUUCUCUAUUAUUUGUUAAUAAAAGUUGAAUGUUCAAUUGGC